UAAAAAGUUUAAUAAGGGAAAACAAAAAGAAGUUGUCGAUAAAGUACAACAAAAAGAUAAAGCAUUACAAAUAUUAUCUUAUAGGUUUAUACAAUUAAAACAAAUUGCAAAACUACAAUCAGAUAAAUUUCGAGAAUGA